AGUUUAUCACUGCCACAGCUGUUUUUUUUUUGGGUUGAAUUCGACCUGUUUCCUUGAUCGAUCGAUCGAGCUUUGGUUCUUAAUAACAUAGUUAGACAGAGAGUGAAUCUGCCUGGUUCUUCUUUUCUUGCAUUGGGUGUCUAGCCGGAUUGGCUGGACUCGUUGACGCCCUUGAGCCCCACCCUCGUCUCUGGACCACCUUCCACCUUGGCCACGCCUAUCUGGGACACGGACGCCAGCCAUGGGGCUCAGCCAGCCGUGAAUUCGCUCUCCCACCACGGAUUCUCGCAUUGGAUGAUGGAUCGUCGACGCUCUUCCACGCCAGGGGCGGCCGAUGCGCCGUUGCGGCAAAUCGCACCCGUGAUGCAACGUACCAUCACGGGUGCGGCUAGUCUGGGCAACCGGUUAGCCGUGGAUUGGAGCCCGUUAUGCGGGCUGGUGGCCACUGGCUCGAAUAGUAUGGUGGUGGUGACGGACCCACUCACCUUGCAAACCUUGCAAGUGCUCGAAACCCACCGUAGUACGGUCAUCCGGGUGAUGUGGGCCCGCAGCCCCACCUCCAAGCAUCCGGCAGACCGGUUGACGUUAGCCUCAUCUGAUGCCACGGGUCAUAUUGUGAUCUGGAAUGCCAAAUCCGGCGAGACCAAGGCCAUUCUGCAAGAUGGGCCCAAGGCCGUGACCGAACUAGCAUGGUGUGACGGGCGUUAUGAAAACACGGGCCACUUAUUAGCCGCCCUGCAUCCCCCCUUCGCCCUUGUGCUCUGGGACACGAGCACGGGCUCAGCCGUGUGGCGCAAGACCUACACCGAGACCUUGCAAGGCUUUGAUUUCGACCCGUUUGACGCCUCACGUCUGGCCUUUCGUUGUUUGGAAUGUGUGCUGUUUGUCGAUGAUUUUAACCCGGCCAAACCGCCCCAAGGUGCCGGUCGAAAAUUCUACGUCCUUGGACCCGCCCGGAAUAGUCCCAAUCGGGGCUCAGUGGAUUCAAGUACACCUGCGGGUACGCCUAUGGGUGCUCCUCCCGAAGAUAAAGGCAAGACGAGACGGACCCGGAUCAAAAAGAUAAUGAAAGAUUUGGUCAUGGGCGAAUUCCAACCUCAAGGCUCGAGUUCGCUCACGCUAUCGGAUUGUGUCCAAGUUUUGUACCAUCGCUCGGUGCGGAACCAUCUGUUAUUGGUGUACCCGCGAGAAGUACUUAUUCUGGAUCUGGAUAUCGGUCAAACGGUGGGCCUGGUCUCGAUCGAUCGAACCUCCACGCCCAUUCUUCAAGUGUAUCCGUGCCGACAUCGAGACGCCAUGUAUAUUCUAAGCGAAUCGGGUACCUUGAGCUUGCGUGUACGGAAACGCUUGUAUGGUGUGUCGUCCACCCCGAUUGAACCUAUUCGGAACAUGAGCAAGGCUGUAUCCACAUCAAGUAUCGCCAGUGUCAACACUGUGGACACGGCGUCGGAUAAUUUUACCUUGGACAACGUGUUGGAAAUCUUUUACGAGCAGAAAGCGCACAGCGAUUGUAUUCGCUUGCAAAAGCAUGCCAAGAUCUUGGGCAUGGCUUUGGAUAACAUCCGGGAGAAUAGUGUGACUAUUUUCACUUCGGAUGGUCGGCUGAUUUUGGUGGACAUUGCGCAAUCGAAUCAGGCGUCUGGCAAGGUGAUUGUGUAUUCUCUGCCAGAUCUGAUUCCGCCCACAUUGUCCAUGCAAACCGGAGAUCUCAUGGGAUUGAAGCUGUUUACCCGUGGCAUUGUUUCCGGGUUAUGUCUUCCCGCGUUUCAUAUCCGAAUGUGUCCGCCACUCACCAUGAAAAACCUGUCGGAGUAUGUGCCCUAUAUGGCCAUAGGAGGUCAGAACGGGAACAUCCAACUGACCAACAUGUCUACCGGACGUAUUGAACGAGAUUUUGCCGUGCACACCUAUCCCGUUCGUGGACUAGAAUGGACUAGUCUGAACACCGUGUUGUCCCAUGCACAUCAGAAUUUGUUGAGUUCCACCUCGUCCAAUUCGUUGGUCCGCAACGAAUUGAUCCACACGGACGUACGAACAGGAAAAACCCAGGCCCUCCGAUCCCACCGUUCUGAAGAACCGGCCAUUGAGAUGCUGCGGGUGUCUCAUCUAAAGCAAUACUUCAUUGUGGCCUUUCAAGGUGCCCCUUUCGAAUUAUGGGAUUUGAGAACCAUGACUCUCUUGAGGACGAUGCCGAAGAAAUUUCCAGCCAUCACCGCUUUGGAUUGGUCCCCACUUCACAAUCUCAAAUCUUUGAAACGAAAGAUGAACGCUGUGGAGGAGAAGGAGAACAAGAGAGAUACGGACAGUGACCAUGCCAAGGAUGAGAAUGGUUCCAAACCAACAGAAAAAGCAUCAUCAAACAGCUCUAUUGUGGCUAAAGAGCAUUUUGUGUUCACCGAUCCUGAAGGGCAACUCUAUCACUUCUCUGUUGAAGGCAACGCUAUCAGAGAUGGGACAAGGGUGCCCGCAGAAUCGUCUCUAGGAACCAUCACUUGUAUUGCGUGGAAAAGUGAUCACAUUGUUCGCGGAGAUUCUGAUGGCAACAUCAAUGUCUGGGACGUGAAAACACGGACUUCCAGAAACAUCGCAACCAAUCGUGGUCCCAUCAAGAAGAUGCGUUUAGCUCCUGGGCGAGGCAACUUGAAACUCCUCAUUCUCAAUCCGGAUUCUGUGUCCAUUUGGGAGAUGAAAGAAUGCGAGCUCAUCAACGAACUCCGUACCCCCAAAGACAUGGUCAAGGUGAUGGAUAUUGAUUGGGCAGCUUCGGAUCGGCCUGUUUUAGCCACUGUCGAUGGCUGUCUGAGAGUCAUGGGUCUGGCUCUGGCCUCGGCCUCUUCGGCCAUGUACGAAUAUAAUGUCGAUGAAUCCGCUGCCUGUCACGCCCUUCUGCCCAACAAAGAGCGGGCCAAUUUCCAGAUCUUGCUCCACCAUCAGCCUUGGAGAUCGAUCUUCUCUUUGGACUUCACUUCGGCGGAUGGCUUUAACGAGAAUAGUCUUGCUUUCGUUAAGGAGCAAAUCGGAUUCAUCCGUCAAGAUGUCCGAUCACAGCUCGAAGAUCCGACCACACCCACCGCUCUCAGAGGUCUCUUGGCUUCUCAGAUGUCUGGAAUGAAAUGGGAGGCGGACUUUUGGCGAUUAGCUCUCUCAAACUUGAAACCAGGCGAUUUCAGUCUCGUGGACACCAAUUUUGAUUUGGCUUUAGACGCUGAAUCCUUCUUGCGAUUCCAUCUCGAAAAGAUCAGCCUUCACCAAUCAAGAUGCUCGACGCACGCCCAAAAGAAACGAGUGGUGGACCUGAUGCUUUGUCUGAAUCAGAAGGAAGAAGCCAUUCGUUUGCUGCUCGAUACUGAGCCAGACAGUCCGAAUUAUUACGAGGACAGUCUCAAGGCGUGUCUUGUGGCCACGACUUCCGCUGCCCAAAAAGACACACCUCAUUCAACCACCAAAUUGGUGGCCACAAACUUAAUUGCCGAGGGCAAGCUUUGGGAAGGCGUUCAAUUACUCUGUCUGAUCGACAAAGUGGUGGAUGCAUGCAAUUAUCUGCAAUCCUGUGGUCAGUGGGACGCUAGUCUUUGGUUGGCCAAAUGUCGAUUAUCCGGACAUCCAGAUCUGGCCAAGGUGGCAGGGAAAUACUGCGAGCACCUCUUGGCCAAGGACCUGAAGAAACAAGCUAUCCUAGUAUAUUUAUCCUUAAAGGAUUUUGUCUCCACUUUGGAUUGUCUGGUGAACGCCAAAAUGAUCGGGCUGGCCGCCCAAUUCCUUCAGGCGUGUCAAGAGAUGAAACUCCUUCCAGACACGAGUCACAUGAUGGUUUUGAACGAGGAGAUCAGUCUGGCUUAUGCGAGACACCUUUUUGAUACGGGAAAUGCAGAAGGAGCGUUUUACUACUGUGAUAGAGCCGACGAAAAAGGCGAGAUCUUGCGUCGAGAACUGGAGAUGCUCGCCAAUUCCAAAAAGUUGACAGUUCCUUUAGAAAGUUUGGAGGAUGUAGACAAGAGUGAUGAGGACUUCAAAAAUUAGCCGUGAUUUCUGUACGGCAAUGUGCCAUGUUCUUUUUUCGAGUGUGUGUUACUUAUUUGCCCAUUUUGGUUUGAAUUUUGAAACAUUUUAUCGAGUUCUAUUCCAGCAACAUGAAUCCAUUCCAAACCUAAAACUGUGUGUCAUCAACUUUAUAUACAUAAGAACCUUACA